AUGUGUAUCCCUUGGUCUCUCGAGGUUGAAAACCGAAGUAGCGUGUUUGACUACAUCCACCAGCAAGACCACCAGGAGCUUGCUGACCAAGUAGGUCUGACCUUAGCCACGGGUCAGCCUUUGCCCUCCCCCUCCUCUUUAGGGUCAGAGGAAGGGGCAGCAGGGUCACAGGGAACUAUGAACCCUGACGUGGCUUCCUCCAUGUCCAUCUCCAGCUCCUCCAUGUUCAAGGGCUUCGAUCGGGCCUUCUGCAUCCGCAUGAAGUCGACGCUAACGAAGAGAGGCUGCCACUUCAAGAGCUCGGGCUACAGGGUUGUGUUGAUCCUGGGACACCUACGACCGCAGUACGUGUUUAGCCACUCCCGCAAGAACCCGCCUCAGCUGAUGGGUCUUGUCGCCCUGGCUAUCGCGCUCCCUCCGCCGUCGGUGCACGAGGUCAGGCUCGAGUCGGACAUGUUCGUCACGAGGAUCACCUUCGACUUCAGAAUAGCACAUUGUGAACCCAAAGUGACCGACCUCCUGGACUACACCGCCGACGAGCUCCAAGGCCGAUCCUUGUACUCGCUCUGCCACGGUCAGGACGUCGAGAAACUGCGCAAGACACAUGUCGACCUGAUCCAGAAAGGUCAGGUCAUGAGUCCCUAUUUCCGGAUAUUGAACAAGACCGGCGGAUACACGUGGAUGCAGACCUGCGCCACCGUCGUCAUCAACAGCAAAAACGGAGACGAACAGAACAUCAUCUGCGUCAACUACAUCAUCAGCGGGUCCGAGUACGACAGCGUGGUGCUCGACCAGACCCAGCUUGACCCCGCCCUGGCCAACAUGAAGUCGGAUGACCUCGAUUACCCCAACAGCGCCACGCCGGAACCCUCAGAAGCGAGCUCGGGCGUCGUGGGCGAGGACACCGGCGGGUCGCCCCGAGCCUCUGCCAACACCACGGGCGGGGGCGCCGCUCAGGGGGGCACCCGCUCCCCCUCGGGCCCGUCGGAGGCCAUCCCGACCGCACUCCGAGGUACUCCCAGUAUUCCCUUAGACGGGUCUCAGAUUAAGACGGAGGCCCCUGGCGGCCUAUUGACUCCGAUGGUGAAUGCUGACAUCGCAGAGGAGUCUCGAGGAGGGUGCGAGGGCGCGCCGUCCCCGGGCCGGCACUCCGCUCCCCCCGUGUCGACGCCCGGGACUCCGCACGCCCGCGCCACGCCCAUGCUCACCACCACUCCCCUGGAGGCGUCGCCCGGAGCCACCGUCGCGCCCACGAGGAGCGAUGAAGGCACCGUCAGAGACCUGGAGGCCGCGAUGACCAGACAUCUGCCGGACGACCCCACCGACUUCUCGACAGACGCCCUGCUGAAGGGCGGCGCUACGUCUGCCGCGGGCGGAGGCGCAGGCCAGAGGCCCACCAUCCAGUACGUCGGAGGCACCAGCAGUCAGCAGGCGUCAGCAGGCCUCCCGGCGUCCACGCUGCUGAGGCAGCUGUACGCCAGCAGGGAGAGCGUCAUCCGCUCGUCGGUGCAGCGGUCGUACUACUCCGACGUGGGCUCGGCGCUGCCCACGCCGCCCGGCUCCGAGAGCUACCAGGACACCAUGUUCAACAAGGGCCACGACUUCCCGUACCCCGGCGGAGGCCUGGCGGGCACCGGCUACCCCGACUACCACUCCGCCAUGACGCCGCCCUCCAGCGUGUCCCCGCGAGAGAAAAUGGCCGGGGAUUGUGGCGACCUGAGGGGGGCGUCGGGGACCUACCUGGGGGAGGGCGGUGGCAUGCCCGCCCAGCCAGUGCCUCUCAAGCCACAGGUGUACUCCUACGGGUCGUCCGGAGUGCCGCUGGACUCCUCCGCGUACUCCACUCCGCUCACGGACCAAGCAGGCCUCUACACGCCCUCCAGCUUUCACCUGUACCACUCCAACACCACCAAGACAGCCACCUCGUACGACAGCCUGCGCCCGGGCGGCACGUGGUACGCCCCCUCGUCAUAGCACCAGUAGGGAGGCCGACCUCGCAGGACUCGUCGUGCAGGCAGCCGUUCGUGCUCGGAGGCCGCCGUGUAGCUGAAGGAAGCAGGUCGAGUCGCGGCGCUUGGGCGUCGAAACGCUCGCGCUCCCGUCGGCAGCAGACCGCGCGUUCAUCGCUUGAGGAUGCAGUGAAGUUCUGAGUUGUUGCACACUCCGGCCGGCGCCACCGUGACCCUUUGCAACCACACAAAAAAGUAUUCUAAAAAAAAUCAUCUAAAAAAAAAAGAAGAAAAGUGACCUGUGACACUGUCUAUUCUCCAAGCAGUAUUUUGUUAUCAGUAUGCCUUGUUGUGCAUCAUUACCUCCUACAACAAACCACGCCCCUCUGGCACUCGUGUGACCGUGGCCCCUCCCCCUCUGAGGGCGAGGAGCCAAGAUGGAGUGUAUGUUUUCUACAGCUCUGUUUGUCUGUCUUCCGCGGGCUCCCCUAGAUACAUAUCGCUGCUGUUUCUCCACGUCGUAGCCAGGCUAUAAAGGAAAAACUGGUACCAGUGAUUCUUUCAUUUUGGAGGUGAACGAAGCUCAUGGGAAUGAGUUAAAACAUAUCCACACGUCUGAAUCUGUCAUUGUAGGGCCUGAGGAGUUUUUUUUUUCUUUCUUUUUUCAGUCAACCCCACUUAGAGUAAUAUAUUGUCAUAUUAUAAGAAUAAUUAUAGUAAUUUCAAGUUCUGGGCAGUAGGUGCUCUUUCAGAUAGGCCGUCUUGACUCCCAUUGACUUUAAUUCCCUAGGAUUUAGGACUAACAAAAGAGUGGAAAAGGUAAAUUGUAAAUUUACGAAUCGAAUUGUGCAAAAAAAAGCAACUACAAUCAUCCAAAUGAUAGUAACAUAUGGCUUAGUUUUUUCUUACUGAAUGUUCAAUUUUAUAAAUGCAUUAGAAAAGAAUGACUCAUUGACCAGGAUGUCUGUUGAUGAUACUGUAACAUAAGUGUGUAUUCAGUGUUCUGUAAAAAAAAAGAAUGAUGAUCAUUACCAAAAAAUCAUUAUUACAAAUAUUGGAGCCUUGCUGGUUAGUGUCACCAUAACUCAAUAGAUAUUCGGAAACACUGCAGCUCAGCAACACCUAUGUAAUAUGGAAGUUUCAGAUUAUGGAGUAAAAAAAAAGUAUAUAUAUAUUGAAUUCUGAGUGCAAUAUUGAGGUUGUCGAAGAAGAAAAAAUAACGUUAAAAAAGAGUAAAAAAAAAAAAAUUUGUGAAUAAUCACCAUUACCAUAUCGCAGAAGUAAUAUAAGUUUUGUGUUCCCAUGUAUCCAAAAAAUUAACACAAUUAAUUGAAAGGUAAUGUAAGAUAUUGUAAAUAAUUUAAUGGUAAAGACAUGUUUUUUUUCUCUUUUGAAUUUAUGGUGCUUUUGAAAAAAAAUAAAAAAAGAAGUUUCUGUGAACCACCUGCUUAGUAUGAACUGUGGAGGCUGAGCAGUUUGAUCCAUUUAGUUUUUUCUUCUCUUUUUUAUUGUGUAAAUAGCUCUGUCUGAUUAUUAUUUAACUACUUAAUGUUUAGCGAUUAAGUACCCAUCACUGCAGACUGUGGUGAAGCAAUGGCUAAGAAUUAUCAAACUCAAGUUAAACGUAUUCUCUCGUAAAUUUAUAUUAUAUAUAUCCUGUAUAACAGUGGCGAGCAAGACAGUUCACGAUAGUUUAGUUGUCGAGGGUAAUAGAGUUGUUUAUAACGAAUUUUUGAACGUAUACGAAGAGAAGGGUCAGAUAUUUAUAAAUUUCUUUUCCGUCGAUUUUUUUUUCCUAUCAUGUCCUCAAAACAUGUAAAAUUAUUUUCUGUUUAAACUCACAGUAUUAAACUACAUGUAGCCAAGCACACAUUUACAUACGUAAAGAAAAUAGUAUAAUUAUUUAGAAGUGGAUAGUAGAUGGAUGGCAAAAGAAGACAGGAAGAUAUGUAAUCACUAAUUUUGUUCCUUUUGUAAAAUUGUAUCUUAUUGUUACCUAUUAUUAUUAUUAUUAUUAUCAUUAUUAUUUUCUUUUUCAUUAUUACUUUUAGCAUUAUCAUUAAUGUUCAUUAUUAUCAAUAUAUAUUACCAGAAUCACUA